AUGGAUUUCUCCGGUCAACCAGACUACCCCGCCGACUCGGCAUACAGUCCCCAGAUCAUCAAUGACCACGAACAACAGCAGCAGCAGCAGCAGCAGCAGCAGGAAGAAGACACCACAGUCGUUCAGAAUGGUCACCAGACCCAUACUCAUACUACCACUUCACCCGUCGACAACGAAUCGAACCAGAGAUAUAACUCCCCCAGUCUGUAUCAGCAGCCGAGUUCACGGCCAGGCUCUGGAAUGGGUGCACAUCAACAAACACAUUCCCAAGAAAACAGACAUUCACAACCCCCACCACAACCACAACCCGCCAACAAGAGCAGUGUGGUCAUCAAAGUUGGCAUGGUCGGUGACGCUCAGAUAGGGAAGACAAGCUUGAUGGUUAAAUAUGUCGAGGGCAGCUGGGACGAAGAUUAUAUCCAGACACUAGGUGUCAAUUUCAUGGAGAAGACCAUUUCAAUACGCAACACCGAGAUCACAUUUUCCAUCUGGGAUCUCGGCGGUCAACGCGAAUUCGUCAACAUGCUCCCCCUCGUCUGCAACGACGCCGUUGCCAUCCUCUUCAUGUUCGACCUCACCCGGAAGUCCACCCUCAACAGCAUCAAGGAAUGGUACAGACAAGGACGAGGAUUCAACAAAACCGCCAUCCCCUUCCUGAUCGGCACCAAGUACGAUCAUUUUGUGAAUUUUCCACGCGAGGAUCAAGAAGAGAUAAGCAAUCAGGCCCGAAGAUUUGCAAAAGCAAUGCGCGCCAGCCUGAUCUUUAGCAGUACCAGCCAUAGCAUCAACGUGCAGAAGAUCUUUAAGAUCGUCCUCUCCAAAGCCUUUGAUUUGAAAUGCACCAUUCCCGAGAUCGAGAAUGUCGGAGAGCCACUGCUACUGUAUCAGUCGGUCAAUUGA